UGCGGGAGCCGCGCCGCCACCAAGCUGAGAGGUGGCCGGCCGGCGUGUAAACACAGGGAGCAGCAGCGGCCGCGGCCGCCCCGGCCCGGGGCAGUGAGUACGCCCGCCGAGACUUGCCCGCCGCCUCUGCCAUGGCUGAAGUGCGCAAAUUCACCAAGCGGCUCAGCAAGCCCGGCACGGCGGCUGAGCUCCGGCAGAGCGUGUCGGAGGCCGUGCGGGGCUCCGUGGUGCUGGAAAAGGCCAAAGUUGUAGAGCCCCUGGACUAUGAGAAUGUUAUCACCCAAAGGAAAACCCAGAUUUACAGUGACCCCCUCAGAGACCUGCUUAUGUUCCCAAUGGAAGAUAUAUCUAUCUCAGUGAUAGGUCGUCAACGCAGAACAGUGCAGUCUACUGUACCAGAAGAUGCUGAAAAGAGAGCCCAGAGUUUAUUUGUCAAAGAGUGCAUUAAAACUUAUAGCACAGAUUGGCAUGUGGUAAACUACAAGUAUGAAGACUUUUCUGGGGACUUUCGAAUGUUGCCGUGCAAAUCUCUGAGACCAGAAAAGAUUCCUAAUCAUGUAUUUGAAAUUGAUGAGGACUGUGAAAAAGAUGAGGACUCAUCUUCCUUAUGUUCUCAGAAAGGUGGUGUAAUAAAGCAAGGUUGGUUGCAUAAAGCAAAUGUAAAUAGCACCAUCACAGUUACCAUGAAGGUAUUCAAGAGACGGUAUUUUUAUUUGACUCAACUUCCUGAUGGUUCAUAUAUUCUUAAUUCCUAUAAAGAUGAGAAAAAUUCAAAAGAAUCUAAAGGUUGCAUCUACCUGGAUGCCUGCAUUGAUGUUGUUCAGUGUCCCAAAAUGCGCCGUCAUGCUUUUGAACUCAAGAUGUUAGAUAAGUAUAGCCAUUAUCUGGCUGCUGAAACUGAGCAGGAAAUGGAGGAAUGGUUGAUAACUUUGAAAAAGAUUAUUCAGAUCAAUACUGACAGUUUAGUGCAAGAGAAAAAGGAGACAGUAGAAACAUCACAAGAUGAUGAAACUAGCAGCCAAGGAAAAGCUGAGAACAUCAUGGCCAGUUUGGAAAGAAGCAUGCAUCCGGAACUGAUGAAGUAUGGAAGAGAAACAGAACAGCUAAACAAACUCAGUAGAGGAGAUGGAAGACAGAAUCUCUUUUCUUUUGAUUCGGAGGUUCAGAGGUUGGACUUUUCAGGAAUUGAACCUGACAUAAAGCCAUUUGAAGAAAAGUGUAACAAGCGUUUCCUGGUAAAUUGCCAUGAUUUAACUUUCAAUAUCUUGGGUCAAAUUGGAGACAACACAAAAGGACCACCCACAAAUGUUGAACCCUUUUUUAUCAAUCUUGCCUUAUUUGAUGUAAAGAACAAUUGUAAGAUUUCAGCUGAUUUUCACAUAGACCUCAACCCUCCAUCUGUCCGUGAAAUGCUGUGGGGCACUUCAGCCCAACUGGCCAGUGAUGGAAACGCAAAGGUCUCUUCACCGGAAUCUUUCAUUCAUGGAAUUGCUGAGUCUCAGUUACGCUACAUAAAGCAGGGAAUUUUCUCAGUGACGAAUCCACAUCCUGAAAUUUUUCUAGUUGCGAGAAUCGAAAAGGUGCUACAGGGAAACAUUACUCACUGUGCAGAACCCUACAUCAAAAAUUCAGAUCCAGUAAAGACAGCCCAGAAGGUGCAUAGGACAGCUAAGCAAGUGUGUAGUCGCCUUGGACAAUACAGAAUGCCCUUUGCUUGGGCUGCCAGACCCAUUUUCAAAGACAUUCAAGGCUCUCUCGAUCUAGAAGGGAGAUUUUCUCCUUUGUAUAAACAAGACAGUAGCAAGCUUUCAAAUGAAGACAUUCUCAAGUUGCUCUCAGAAUACAAAAAGCCAGAAAAGACCAAAUUGCAGAUUAUUCCUGGGCAGUUAAAUAUCACAGUGGAGUGUGUUCCUGUGGAUUUAUCAAACUGUAUUACUUCUUCAUAUGUGCCCCUGAAGCCUUUUGAAAAGAACUGUCAAAAUAUUACUGUGGAGGUUGAAGAGUUUGUUCCAGAAAUGACAAAAUAUUGUUAUCCAUUUACUAUUUACAAAAACCAUCUGUAUGUCUAUCCCCUGCAAUUAAAAUAUGAUAGCCAGAAAACAUUUGCCAAGGCAAGGAACAUUGCAGUCUGUGUGGAAUUCCGGGAUUCCGAUGACAGUGAUGCUUGUGGGCUGAAGUGUAUUUAUGGAAAACCUGCAGGGUCUGUUUUUACCACAAAUGCUUAUGCUGUUGUCUCACAUCACAACCAAAAUCCAGAAUUCUAUGAUGAGAUUAAAAUCGAACUUCCCAUUUACCUGCAUCAAAAACAUCAUUUGCUUUUCACUUUUUAUCAUGUAAGUUGUGAAAUCAACACAAAGGGAACAACUAAAAAGCAGGACACAGUUGAAACUCCAGUUGGGUUUGCCUGGGUACCUUUGCUGAAAGAUGGUAGAAUCAUCACAUUUGAGCAGCAGCUGCCAGUUUCGGCCAAUCUUCCCCCAGGCUACUUGAAUCUGAAUGAUGCUGAAUCAAGAAGGCAAUCAAAUGUCGAUAUUAAGUGGGUAGAUGGUGCAAAACCUUUGUUGAAGAUUAAAAGCCACUUAGAGUCUACAAUCUACACUCAAGAUCUGCAUGUGCACAAAUUCUUCCAUCACUGCCAACUGAUUCAGUCAGGGUCUAAAGAAGUUCCAGGGGAGCUCAUUAAAUAUUUAAAGUGUUUGCAUGCCAUGGAGAUCCAAGUCAUGAUACAGUUUCUACCUGUAAUUCUUAUGCAACUCUUCCGAGUUCUCACAAAUAUGACCCAUGAAGAUGACGUUCCCAUCAACUGUACCAUGGUUCUCUUACAUAUCGUAUCAAAGUGCCAUGAAGAAGGCUUGGAUAGUUAUUUAAGAUCCUUCAUAAAGUAUAGCUUCCGACCUGAAAAACCGAGUGCCCUUCAGACCCAGCUGAUUCAUGAAACACUGGCUACUACCAUGAUAGCAAUAUUAAAACAGUCUGCAGAUUUCUUAGCAAUAAAUAAACUGCUCAAGUACUCAUGGUUUUUCUUUGAAAUAAUUGCAAAGUCAAUGGCCACAUACUUGUUGGAAGAGAAUAAAAUUAAGCUUCCCAGAGGCCAGAGAUUUCCUGAGGCAUAUCAUCAUGUCUUACAUUCGUUGUUGCUUGCAAUAAUUCCCCAUGUGACUAUUCGCUAUGCAGAGAUUCCUGAUGAGUCCAGAAAUGUGAAUUAUAGUUUGGCUAGCUUCCUGAAGCGCUGUUUGACACUAAUGGAUAGAGGAUUUGUUUUCAAUUUGAUCAAUGAUUAUAUAUCUGGCUUCAGCCCCAAAGAUCCUAAGGUUCUGGCUGAAUACAAAUUUGAAUUUCUACAAACAAUUUGCAAUCAUGAACAUUACAUUCCUCUGAACUUGCCAAUGGCAUUUGCAAAACCCAAACUGCAGCGAGUUCAAGAUUUUUUUUCAUUUGCGGUGGACCGUUUGACUUCAGUAGAUUCAAAUCUUGAAUACAGUUUAUCAGAUGAGUAUUGCAAGCAUCACUUCUUGGUUGGUCUACUUCUGAGGGAAACCUCCAUUGCUCUUCAAGAUAAUUAUGAGAUCAGAUAUACAGCUAUAUCUGUCAUAAAGAAUCUUUUGAUAAAGCAUGCAUUUGACACUAGAUACCAGCACAAGAACCAACAAGCCAAAAUAGCACAAUUGUACCUCCCAUUUGUUGGACUACUUUUGGAAAAUAUACAGCGACUAGCAGGUCGAGAUACUUUGUAUUCUUGUGCCGCAGUGCCUAAUUCCGCAUCCAGGGAUGAGUUUCCAUGUGGCUUUACUUCACCUACAAAUAGAGGGAGUCUGAAUACUGACAAAGACACUGCCUAUGGAUCUUUUCAAAAUGGACAUGGAAUUAAGAGGGAAGAUUCAAGGGGUUCUCUUAUCCCAGAAGGAGCAACAGGAUUUCCAGAUCAGAGCAACACUGGUGAAAAUACCCGACAGAGUUCUACAAGGAAUAGUAUAUCUCAGUAUAACCGUCUAGACCAGUAUGAAAUCAGAAGCCUCUUGAUGUGCUACUUAUAUAUAGUAAAAAUGAUUUCUGAAGAUACCCUCUUAACUUACUGGAAUAAAGUAUCUCCUCAGGAACUCAUAAACAUUCUUAUACUUCUAGAAGUAUGUUUGUUUCACUUUAGAUAUAUGGGGAAAAGAAACAUAGCAAGGAUACAUGAUGCCUGGCUAUCAAAACACUUUGGAAUAGACCGAAAAUCACAAACUAUGCCAGCUCUUCGAAACAGAUCGGGAGUAAUGCAGGCCCGGCUUCAGCAUCUUAGUAGCCUAGAAAGUUCUUUUACACUUAAUCACAGUUCUGCAACAACUGAAGCAGACAUUUUCCACCAGGCACUUCUUGAAGGCAAUACAGCUACUGAAGUUUCUCUGACAGUACUAGAUACUAUAUCAUUUUUCACCCAGUGCUUCAAGAGCCAGCUUUUAAACAAUGAUGGCCACAAUCCAUUAAUGAAAAAAGUAUUUGAUAUUCAUCUAGCUUUUCUUAAAAAUGGACAAUCUGAGGUAUCACUGAAACAUGUGUUUGCCUCACUGAGAGCUUUCAUCAGUAAGUUUCCCUCAGCCUUUUUCAAAGGAAGAGUAAAUAUGUGUGCUGCGUUUUGUUAUGAGGUUUUAAAAUGCUGUACCUCAAAGAUUAGCUCAACCAGGAAUGAAGCAUCUGCACUUUUGUAUCUUUUGAUGAGAAACAACUUUGAGUACACGAAGAGGAAAACCUUUUUGAGGACACAUUUGCAGAUAAUAAUUGCUGUAAGCCAGCUGAUAGCUGAUGUAGCACUAAGUGGAGGAUCAAGAUUUCAGGAAUCUUUAUCUAUUAUCAAUAAUUUUGCAAAUAGUGACAGGCCUAUGAAGGCAACUGCUUUUCCCACAGAAGUUAAAGACUUGACCAAGAGGAUCCGUACUGUUCUUAUGGCCACUGCUCAAAUGAAGGAGCAUGAGAAAGACCCUGAAAUGCUAAUUGAUCUCCAGUAUAGCUUAGCCAAGUCCUAUGCCAGCACCCCAGAACUGAGGAAAACCUGGCUUGAUAGCAUGGCCAAGAUUCAUGUAAAAAAUGGAGAUUUUUCAGAGGCUGCAAUGUGUUAUGUCCAUGUAGCAGCUCUGGUUGCUGAAUUUCUUCAUCGAAAGAAAUUAUUUCCUAAUGGAUGUUCAGCCUUCAAGAAAAUUACUCCCAAUAUAGAUGAAGAAGGAGCAAUGAAAGAAGAUGCUGGGAUGAUGGAUGUCCAUUAUAGUGAAGAAGUUUUGCUGGAGUUGCUAGAACAAUGUGUGGAUGGCUUAUGGAAGGCAGAACGUUAUGAAGUAAUUUCUGAGAUUUCCAAGUUGAUCAUUCCAAUUUAUGAGAAACGUCGUGAGUUUGAGAAACUUACUCAUGUUUAUAGAACACUUCAUGGAGCGUAUACAAAAAUUUUGGAGGUUAUGCACACAAAAAAAAGACUUUUGGGUACUUUCUUCCGAGUUGCCUUUUAUGGUCAAUCUUUUUUUGAAGAAGAGGAUGGAAAGGAGUACAUCUAUAAAGAACCAAAACUCACUGGCCUCUCAGAGAUUUCCUUGAGACUUGUUAAACUUUAUGGUGAAAAAUUUGGUACAGAAAAUGUCAAAAUAAUUCAGGAUUCAGACAAGGUAAAUGCCAAAGACCUUGAUCCAAAAUAUGCUCAUAUCCAAGUCACUUAUGUGAAACCCUACUUUGAUGACAAAGAACUCACAGAAAGAAAGACUGAGUUUGAAAGAAAUCAUAAUAUCAACAGAUUUGUUUUUGAAGCUCCUUAUACUUUAUCAGGCAAGAAGCAAGGUUGUAUAGAAGAACAGUGUAAACGCCGUACCAUCUUGACUACUUCAAAUUCGUUUCCCUAUGUGAAGAAGAGAAUUCCAAUAAACUCUGAACAGCAGAUUAAUUUAAAGCCAAUUGAUGUUGCUACUGAUGAAAUAAAAGAUAGAACUGCAGAGCUGCAAAAACUUUGCUCCUCUGCUGAUGUGGACAUGAUUCAGCUUCAACUCAAGUUACAGGGCUGUGUUUCUGUGCAGGUUAAUGCUGGUCCAUUAGCAUAUGCAAGGGCUUUCUUAAAUGACAGUCAAGCCAUCAAGUAUCCACCUAAGAAAGUAAAUGAGUUGAAAGACAUGUUUAGGAAAUUCAUACAAGCAUGCAGCAUUGCACUUGAACUGAAUGAGCGGCUAAUUAAAGAGGAUCAAAUUGAGUACCACGAAGGACUAAAGUCAAAUUUCAGAGACAUGGUGAAAGAAUUGUCUGAAAUUAUUCAUGAGCAGAUAUUACAAGAAGACACAAUACAUUCUCCCUGGAUGAGCAACACAUUACAUGUAUUUUGUGCAAUUAGUGGUACAUCAAGUGACAGAAGUUAUGGUUCCCCAAGAUACUCAGAAGUAUGAAGAAAUGCAGAUGUAAAUGACAAUGAGACUGACUUUCUCAGGAAUAUUCGGAGCUGUGCAAAUGUUAAAAUUUUAAGAUUGGAUAUACAUGGAGUGUUUCCUCCUGACACCAAAAGUUUCAUGCUUUCAAACAGGGUGCUUACAUAUUUGUAAAUAUUUAAGCAACUUGAAAGUGCCUGGAAAUUGCACCACUGUGCUUGGUUUGUACUUUUUUAGGUAAAUCUAUAUGCUGAAAAGUAGAGCUCAGAAAUGUUAAUUCAGUUUGCUUAAUUAUUGCUUAAAACAAUAAAGGUACUAUGUAAAAUUAUAUAAUGGAACCCAAUAAAAGGUAAAACUUAUUUGUAAUUAGAAGUGAAGGGCAUAAUACAUUGAGUUUAACAUUUUUCUCGAUAAGAAGCUCAGUUCAUUAUCAUACUAAUCUUUGGGGGAAGAAAUUUGAUUAAAAUUUCCAUAAAACGUGGAUAUUUCAAACUGGGGAACAAUUUGAAUUCUUGCCUAUUAGUAGUCAAGGUUAGACCGAAGGAACCAAAAGCAUUAUUCAUCAGAAAAAUUUCAGAAGGAAAGAGUGUAUGUGGAAAUGCCAAGUUUACUGUUCCUUGCUGUUUCAAUCUGGUGAUGCUAGAUAUUCCUAGGUUUCCCCAGUGAGCAGUAUUUGUUGCUAAAUUUGGUCUGUUUGUCCAUAAAACUAAAUAAAACAUUUCUGAGAAUUUACAGUCAGUACAUCCUAUGCAACUUCAAACCUUUAUCAGCAGUCCAAGGUGGGAAUUUUGUAAUGAUUGUUUUCUUCAGUUGCAGGGUUAUCAAGCAUUUUCAUAGAACUUGAUAGUUACAGCAUGUCUUGGGUCAGUCUACAUAACCACCACAGGUUUAGCAACUGCUAAUUUGGGAUUACAUUUCUGUGUAUGAAGAAAUCUCAGAUUACCUAAAUAAUUCAGGAGAAACCAACAUAUGCAUGAUACCAAUAAUUUUGACUGCCUCUAGUCAAGUUCUAGACUUACUUUCCUUAUUUAGUCUAGCCUGUUUUACAGAUGAAAAUGAGACAUUGAGAUAUAAAUGGAUUACAUAGAGCCUUGGCUUUUAAAAUACUUUGUGAUUAGGUAAAUCUUACAGAUUAUGCUCCUGGAUUGGCCAUUUUUCUUUACAUGUCAUUUUUACGUUUUUAGGGAAGAGCCAGGUGCAGUGGCACAUACCUGUAAUUCCUAGCAACCGGGAGGCUAAGGCAAAAGGAUCUCAAUUUCAAGGCCAGCCUGGGGAACUUAGCAAGACCCUGUCUCAAAAUAAAAAAUAAAAAGGGCUGGGGAUUUGCACUCAAUAGUUAAGCAUCUAUGGGUUUUCUUCCUGUUACUAAAACAAAUUUAAAAAAUACUUUUAGGGACGGAUGAACUUAUUUAUUGAAAGUUAAUUUUGUAUUUUAAUGGGAAACUUGGAAGUUUUCAGAGGCAGUUUGCAAUUUCCCUAAUAUGGUGGAAUAACCAGUAGAGUAAGUUUCCUCUUUAAAGUGAGCAUAUCUGUCAUUUAUGUGUAAAGAACUGUCAACUACAAUGAAUACUACUGUCUGAGAAUAAGGCAUCUUGGGGACACUCCAGCAUUCUUUUGUCAACAACUAGUUACUGUCACACUCCCCAGUACAGUAUAUGCACUAAUGGUGACUUUUUAAAAAAUUAUAGUACAUGACCUCUGCGCCCAAGUAGCUUGCAAUCUAGUUGAGUAGGCAAGAUAUCAACAAAGUUAAAUAGUACAAGAAUUAGCAAGGUAAGACAUGAAAAGUUGUAUAUGAAUAUUGCCAAAUGAACAACACUGUCUAUAAUUCUCAUCACAUGCAAGGAACAAGAGGUCACUGUGUGUUAUAAAUAUUUAGAGGGAGUUUCAUACACAAAAGUAAGCUUCAAGCAGGCUUCCAAAAAUGGGACCAAUCCAGGCGUGGUGGCACAUGCCAGUAAUCCCAGCAAUCCCAGUGGCUUGGGAGACUGAGGCAGGAGGAUCGAGAGAUCAAAGCCAGCCCCAGCAACUUAGUAAGACCCUGUCUCUAAAUAAAAUACAAAAAAGGGCUAUGGAUGUGGAUCAGUGGUUAAGUGCCCCUGGGUUCAAUCCCUGCUACCAAAAAUAAUAAUAAAAUUAAAAAUGGGACCAUAGUCUAGGCAGAAGUAAUAUUAUGAGCAAAGGUACAGAAAGAGUCAACAGAAGUUCAGGGAAGGUGAGAGCAAUUUUGUUCAAGGGGCUGGUAGAUGAUAAAUCUAAAAAGAAAAUUUAGACUGAUUUUGGAAGGCCUCAAAUACCAGGCAAAUGAUUUUUGGACUUAGAAUGUAUGGGGAGGCAGACUAGAUUUUUAAAGAAAUAUCUUGGGCUGGGGAUAUAGCUCAGUUGAUAGAGUGCUUACCUUACAAGCACAAGGCCCUGGGUUCAAUCCCCAGCACCGCAAAAAAAAAAGAAAUAUCUUGCUUUAUUAAAUGUUAUUUUUAGAAAUUUAAUGUUUUUAUAUUACUGCCAGGUGUAUUUCUUGUGGAGAGAGAUGGAAAUAAAACCGUUAUUUAAAGUACACAAUUCAGUGGGUUUUUAGUAUAUUCACAGUUAUGCGAACUCACCACAAUUUCAGAAUGUUUUUAGCAAUCCAGAGAGAUCCACAUGCAUUAGCAGUCACUCCCCAACCCCCAACUGCUACCCCCAGCACCUGGCAAUCACUAAUCUAUUUUCUGACUUUACAGAUCUGCCUGUUAAGGACUUACCAUAUAAAUAGAACCAUACAAUAUGUGGCCUUUUGUGUCAGAUUUUUUUCACAGAGCAUAAUGUGUCCAAGGUUCAUCCAUGUUGUAACAUGUAUAUACU